GCAAGUCCCACACUCAGCUGGCCCCGGGGAGGAGGUUGGUUGCGGGGUGGCGAGGAGUGACGUGGAUAAACAGGCCCCGCCCCUCUCAGCUCUGGCGUCCGCAGCGGGGCUGGCAGUGGCAGUGGUUCAGGCCGAGUAGUGUGUGUUGUGAUCGUGGGCUAACCUCACCUACACCCACCCCCCGGCCGCUCGCCACACACCGGGCCGCCGCAGGAGCCUACCGAGUUGUCGAAAGAUCAGCCGGGCAGCAGACAGUCGUGUGGUCCCCCUCAGACGGACGCACCAUCACCACCACCACCACCGCUGCCCCUCCUGCCGCCGCCGCUGUCGUAACCACCACCACCACUGGCACCUCCUCCUCCUCCUCCCCCCUUCAGCCUGUAGUGAUCGCCAGCGCCUCCUCCACGACCAACACGAUGUCUCGAAAGAUAUCCUGCAACCCGAAGGCGAUAAAGGAUGCCGUCAACGCCAACUUGCUGCCCAUCCUGACGGUCUCCGGUGUGACGGGCGGCGUGGUGCUUGGCCUCAUCCUACGGUACUCGCGCGAGGAGCCAUGGACGAAGCGAGAGAUCAUGUACGUGGGCUACAUCGGAGAGCUGUUCCUGCGAGCGCUCAAGGCCCUCAUCAUCCCCCUCAUAGUCUCCUCCCUGGUGUCAGCUAUCGGAUCUCUGGACUUGACCCUCUCGAAGAAGAUUGGCCUGCGCGCCAUCUGCUACUACCUGACGACGACGGUGUUGGCUGUGGUCCUGGGCAUCAUCCUGGUGGUCACCAUCCACCCCGGCAAGGGCAGCGACGAGGGCAUCAAGAAGGCAGGCGAGGCACGCAGCGUCUACACCCCCGACCUGCUCAUGGAUCUGCCUAGAAACUUCUUCCCGCCCAACCUGAUCCAGGCCUGCUUCGAGACGCACAAGACGGUGAUCGUGGAGCCCAAUAUGGAAGACCUCGUGAACGAUACCCAAUAUUUGGAAUGGAUCGAAAAUAAUAACUUGACGAUCGGUACAUUGCCCCCUAAGUCUGACUGGGACAUCAAGUCGGAGUACGCCCGCGCAAUGAACAUUAUGGGCCUUGUGAGCUUUGCAACCGUCCUCGGCCUGGCUCUGUCCACGCUGGAUGCCCGCGGGAAGCCCCUCCUCGAAUUCUUCCAGUCUCUCUCCGACGCCUCCAUGGUCAUCACCUCCUGGCUCAUCUGGAUCUCCCCCAUCGGUAUCCUCUUCCUGGUGGCUUCCAUGAUGAUCGAGAUGGAGGACUUCAGCGUCAUGUUGGGUCAGCUCGGGAUGUACUUCGGCACGGUGGUUCUCGGCAUCUUCAUCCAUGGCUUCAUCGUCCUGCCCGUCCUCUACACCGUCUUCACCCGCAAGCUUCCCUUCCGCUUCCUGGCCAACAUGGGGCAGGCCUACAUCACCGCCUUCGCAACCGCCUCCAGCUCAGGAACCCUGCCAGUGACCUUCCAGUGCCUUGAGGAGAAGAACCACAUCGACAGGCGCGUGACCCGCUUCGUCAUUCCCAUCGGCGCCACCAUCAACAUGGACGGCACCGCCCUCUACGAAGCCGUGGCCGCCAUCUUCAUCGCGCAGGUCCGAGGGAUAGCUCUCUCCAUCGGCCAGGUCGUCGCUAUCAGCAUCACCGCCACAGCGGCAGCCAUCGGGGCAGCAGGCAUCCCGCAGGCCGGUCUGGUGACGAUGGUGAUGGUGCUGGACGUGGUGGGGCUGCCGGCCGAGGACAUGACUCUGAUUAUUGCUGUGGACUGGUUGCUCGACCGAUUCCGUACCAUGAUCAACGUCCUGGGAGACAGCAUCGGCGCCGGCCUCGUCUACGAACUCAGCAAGAAGGAACUGGAGCAACUGAACGUCAACGCGAAUGGAGACGUCGAUCGACCCUCGAACGAAAUUGGUUUGGAUGCCGUGGAGUCCAGCAAGAUGUGAGAGCAAGAGAGAGUUAGCGAGGCUCAGCUUAAUGUACAGUUCACAACGUCUUCUAACCUGACUCCCGACACCUCAGCCCCAGCCGCCGCCAGGGACGCGACCCAGCGCAGGAGGGACGGGGAGUCACAGCCGCCGCAAUCAUCCUCUUCCUCGCAGCAUGAAACUCUCCUCUAGUGGGAUCGGUUUGCUAGCCGCGCGAUCCAAACCAACUCCCUCCUCCACAAGCCCUCUUUUCUUGCCCUGGCGUUGCAGCGGUUGGUUGUAGUACAUCCUGUGUGUGCGUGUAUAAGUUAUCUGUGGUGUUCCCAAAUAGUUUUUAUAAGUAAAACAGCCACACCGCCGUCGGACAAAACUAGAACACACAGGAGAAAGUGAUGCUUUAAUUUUCCCUUCCGUCUCUUUUUCUGUCUCGGUGUCACGUCUUUCCUUCCAGAUCCUUAACUUUCCAGUCUUUCUCUUCUCCACCUUUGAAGACACAAUAAAGCCUGUACGUAUCAUGGCUGGUGAGGGUCCAGUGUCGCCUUGUCGCCUCCAGUGUCCGCCUGUCCCGACCACUAGACACCCGAGGGCUCAGUUUAGUCUCUCACGCACCAGUCAGUCAGUCUUCCUCGUUGAGCUGCCCAGGGAAGGGGAGAAGAGCCAGGCGGCCGUGCGUGGGUUUGGUGGCCGCAAGAUAAUCACUCUCCCGCACUACCACUACAUGUGUAUCCUUUCGUGUUUUCUCAUUGUGUGAUUAUGAACAUCUUUGUAGCAUACUUCUCUCUUUUAUUUACUUGUUUGUCCCUUUUGUUUUAUCUUCGCUACUCUUUAUGUAAUGUUCUUUGAUUUCAUGCCUCUUAGUUUAAACAUUCUUUCUAUGGUCUCUUCUUACCUAUUCAAUUUGUAUAUUUUAAUCUACUAUCACGGUGAAAAGUAGUAUUUGUAAAGUGAACUUGUGAACUUUCAGAUCUUUAUCAUUUUCAGUUUUAUUCUUUUUUCAUCCAGGAAUGCAUUCCAUCUCAAAUUUGCAUUUAAUAUGCAUACAUUUUUAGUAUUUAUUUUACAUUCAGCACUUUGUUUCAUUUUAGCAUAUUUCAGAUGUUCAGGAAACCACAGCAUAUUUGCAUUUGUUUUUGUUUUUUUUUGCACAUAAAGACAUCCGUACAUUUCACUGUUAUUCACUGCCUUGCUGUAGUGGAGUCAGGCGGCGUGUGAGUAGGCUCUUCGGCGCCUCACACGGGCACCCUCAGGCGGUAGUGAGCCGCGUGGCCUGGUUGGACCCCGACACACCCUUGGGUCUCCUCUCCUCGUGGUCAGAUGGAGUUUUAGACAAGAACCAAACACAAAUAACUGUAAAGGUGGUAAUGUGUGUAUUUGAGGCAAUUAGGAUGGGGAACCGGGGGCCAUAGACCUAGCUAGCUAACUGUUAUGUAAGUAAUCGUUCGAAACUUCCAUAUUGCCUAAGUGUUAAGUGAGUCAAUCUUUAUGAUAGCGAGGGAGGUUCAGUCUCUCCAGUCUUCUCGUAGUCGACUGGUCGAGAGAGGGCGUUUGAAGUUGUUGUUUCUUUUUGUUGAGACGUUGUAUUUUAAUAGUCUAUUACUGUCGUAGUGAAUGGUAAAAGUUGAUGAAGAGUUCAGAAUUUUUUUUAACUAAUUUUAUAUUUGUAGGAAACCUCAUGAAUAUUUUUUAUUUGCUUGCGAAUAACCAUCUUCAGAGAUGAAGAUUUUUUGUUCAUUUUGUCUUCACAGCAUAUCAAACUAUUCUUUAAGGAAGGAACCCAGUUUCAUGUAUAUACUAAAAAUAUAUAUUUAAACUUACUGUAAAUCAGAUCUUACUACUUCUUAGAGACGACAAACUGACUAUUUGGUAAUGUACUAUAGAGAAGCUGUUUUGUAUUGUUGUCACGUUGGAGAGUCUACGGAAACGCAUAAUACUACUUGUUUGUGUCGUCUGUCGGUGUAGUGUGUAGCGACCACCCUCACCCGUACCUCCGGGACCGCCGAGACGAGGCUUGUGAGAAAGAAAAGGGAGUGAUGAAGCGUCACGAGUCAUGUUCACGCAACUUGGAAGCUCAAUAACAAGUCACAGGUCACAAGUCACUGUGCUGUUUUUAUUUUUUUUAAAAGAGCAAAGCCAUUUCUUGCUUGAUUUAUUUCUUAAUGGUCGCCUGUGAAGAGUAAAAACUGUUUGGAUCUUGGUAGUUUUGAGGGAAGAAAAAAAAUGUUUGUAAUCAUGUCCGUCGGUCUCGUCAUAUCAAAGUUUGUUGUCUGAUUUUUGGAUGAGAUGCAGCUUACAUGUGUUCAUCUUUUGGCAGUCUUGUACACACACACACACACACACACACACACACACACACACACACACACACACACACACACACACACAACACAACACACUGCGACACAUCUUGGAAUGGCUAUAAGAGUGGGGAGAAGGCCUUUUAUGUCGUUCACUCACUCAUGCUGUGCCGUGCAGGAGUCAGGCGCGAAGGGAAUGGAAAAGAAGGUAAAGGUAAUGAAAAUAAAGAAGAACACGACUUGAAUCUGUUGCCACAUUUGUAAAAUCUAGCGAGUAAGAUUUGUGUUGAAAUUAGCGAUUAAUGUGUAAACUUGUUCUUGUUGUUUCUCCUGUGAAGGUAUUUCUACUCUUAAACGACUCACCUCUCUUUUUUUAUCUUAUUUUCCGCUUUCCUGACUUCCUUUUCUCAACCCCUUUCAUCUUCUAGCUGUGGAAUCGGGUCAUCUGAUGUCACGCUUAGCACACUACGAUAUCAAAUCAAUGUGUUCUUAAGGCUCUUCGUGUGGACAUGCUCUAAUAUAUAUCACCUAAUUUAAAGAGAGUAAACAUGUAUAGUUGACAACCCCAAACAGUACUACUAAUAAUACUAAUGGUAAUAAUUGGUCAUAGGCUAAAGUAUCGUCUCUCUGUAUUACUGUCGUUCUUUGUUUUUGUUGACUGUGUAUUUGUGAAGGAUCAAGCAAUUCCGAGCCCGAGUCAAGGACGUUGUUGUGUGGGCAUUAAGGAGUUUCAUCAUUUGCUAAACUUUUCACGAGAGGCGAGUUGCUUGCUACCUCACAACCCUGGAAACACAAGAUGGCAAGUGAAAAUAAGCGUGUGAGUGAGGGAGGGUUAAAAAAAAGUGGCGUGAGUGAACAGAAAAAUAUAAAAAGCAUGAAUGUGGGAAAAAGGACAAUAAAGCGUGAGUGAAAAAAAAGGUCAAAAAAUAAUGUGUUGGGGACAAGUCAGAGUGAAUGAAUAGAGCAAAACAAAACUUAAAAAUGGAUGAAAAUUAAAUAACGUAUGUAUGAGAGUGAAUUGAUACAUCUAUUACCGAUAAGAGAACCUACCCUUUAUUAUUUUCCUUCAGAAUUUGGAAGAACGUCAUUGUAGUUUUGUGACUAGCGAAUAUGACGUUUGUAAUUGCAUUUAUUAUUUUUUACGCUGCCCGCCGCGGUGAGGGCGUGACUGAGGCGUGAGAGUUGCCAGUGUGUAGACAUAAGUUUCAAACCCUCUUCAUAUCAUACCCGAUCCUCUGUUCCUUUCCCCCUUACGUGAGAAAAUGUCUUUAUAGUGAUAAUGUUUUCAUUUCUAUAGACUCUAGUUGAAAUAAAUGUUAAGAUCGUGCUUGUGGACAAAAAUUGCAAUAAAUAAAGAAAUAAAUACACAAAUA